AUGCCUAUUUACUUCUAUCAUAAUAGUUAUGUUAUUCCAUCAACAGCAGCUUAUUGUACAUGGUGGACAUACUUUGAAUACAGUCUUAAUUUAAUAAGUGAACUUCUUAUGGCUGUUAUCUCUAUUCAAAGGCAUAUAUUUGUAUUUCAACCACGUCUGUUAAAUAUUCGUUUAAAACGUUAUGUAAUGUAUUAUUUUCCUCUAUUGUUCUGUUUGAUCUAUCCACCUAUAUUUUAUUUGAUUAUUAUUGUAUUUUAUCCAUGUGAUGGUACUCAAUGGGUUUUCUCAUCGAAUUUAUGUGGCUAUGCAAAUUGUUAUCUUUUGUAUAAUAAAAUGCUUUCUUCGUUUGCUUGGGUAAUAAACAAUGGUCUGCCGAGUAUUAUUAUCUUUCUAGCUAAUGUAGUGCUCGUGUUUCGAGUGAUACAACAAAAGCGUCAUCGACAACAGCUCAUUUCCUGGAAGAAACAACGACGUAUGGCAUUACAGUUACUUGCUAUUUCUAGUGUCUAUAUGAUUGGAUGGAUUCCCAAUCUUAUAAGUGGUGUUGGUCAACGAAUAAUUUCUCCAAAUUUCUUAGCUCAAAUUCAAUUAGAUUAUCUUCUCGAUCUUAUUUACAUUGUUUGUCUCAGUUUACCAUGGGUAUGUUGCAGAUUAUUACCUGAAUUUAAUAAAUGGAUUUGGAAAUUAUUUUGCUCUGGAUAUGUCAUACGGAAUAAUGUUGGACCCACAUAA